CACAAAACAGUAGAAUGCCUCACUCAGCUCCCUGCGCCCACAUCAGAAAAGCAUCACAGGAAUAGUUGAGUUCCCAGAAUCCUCUGGCCAGGCAGGAGCUGUGUGUCCCUGGGAAAUGGGGCCCUAAAGGGUUUGCUGCUUAAGAUGCCUGUGGUGAGUCAGGAAGGGGCUAGGGGAAGUUGACCAACUAGAGUGGUGAAACCUGUCCAUCACCUUCAACCUGGAGGGAGGCCAGGUUGGGGAAUGAUAUAAAUAGUGCCCUGACUCCUGCUCAGCUCAGCACUCCACCAAAGCCUCUGCCUCAGCCUUACUGUGAGUCUGGUUGACAGCAGCUUCCAAGAUGUCCCAGCAACACACACUGCCGGUGACCCUCUCCCCUGCCCUCAGUCAGGAGCUCCUCAAGACUGUUCCUCCUCCAGUCAAUACCCAGCAGGAGCAAAUGAAACAGCCAACUCCACUGCCUCCCCCAUGCCAGAAGGUGCUUGGUGAGCUCCCAGUGGAGGUCCCAUCAAAGCAAGAGGAAAAGCACAUGACUACUGUAAAGGGACUGCCUGAGCAAGAAUGUGAGCAACAGCAGCAGGAGCCACAGGAGCAGGAGCUGCAGCAACAGCACUGGGAACAGCAUGAGGAACAUCAGAAAGCAGAAAACCCAGAGCAGCAGCUUAAGCAGGAGAAAGCACAAAAGGAUCAGCAGCUAAACGAACAUCUGGAAGAAGAGAAGAAGCUCUUAGACCAGCAACUGAAUCAAGAGCUAGUCAAGAGAGAUGAGCAACUGGGAAUAAAGAAAGAGCAACUCUUGGAGCUCCCAGAGCAGCAGGAGGGGCAGCUGGAGCACCUAGAACAGCAGGAGGGGCAGCUGGAGCUCCCAGAGCAGCAGGAGGGGCAGCUGGAGCACCUAGAACAGCAGGAGGGGCAGCUGGAGCUCCCAGAGCAGCAGGAGGGGCAGCUGGAGCACCUAGAACAGCAGGAGGGGCAGCUGGAGCUCCCAGAGCAGCAGGAGGGACAGCUGAAGCACCUGGAGCAGCAGGAGGGGCAGCUGAAGCAUCUGGAGCACCAGAAGGGGGAGCUGCAGGUCCCAGAGGAGCAGGUGGGGCAGCUGAAGUACCUGGAACAGCAGGAGGGGCAGCUGAAGCACCUGGAUCAGCAGGAGAAGCAGCCAGAGCUCCCAGAGCAGCAGGUGGGGCAGCUGAAGCACCUGGAGCAGCAGGAGGGGCAGCUGGAGCACAUGGAGCACAAGGAAGGGCAGCUGGGGCUCCCAGAGCAGCAGGUGGGGCAGCUGAAGCAGCUGGAGGAGCAGGAGGGACAGCCAAAGCACCUGGAGGAGGAGGAGGGGCAGCUGAAGCACCUGGUGCAGCAGGAGGGGCAGCUGGAGCAUCUGGUGCAGCAGGAGAGGCAGCUGGAGCAGCAGGAGGGGCAGGUGCAGCACCUGGAGCAGCAGGUGGGGCAGCUGAAGCACCUAGAGGAGCAGGAGGGGCAGCUGAAGCAUCUGGAGCAGCAGCAGGGGCAGCUGGAGGUCUCAGAGCAGCAGGUGGGGCAGCCAAAGCACCUGGAGAAGGAGGGGAAGCAGCUGGAGCUCCCAGAGCAGCAGGUAGGACAGCCAAAGCACCUGGAGCAACAGGAAAAGCAGCUAGAGCACCCAGAGCAGCAGGAGGGACAACUAAAACAUCUGGAGCAGCAGGAGGGGCAGCUGAAGGACCUGGAUCAGCAGAAGGGGCAGCUGGAGCAGCAGAAGGGGCAGCUGGAGCAGCCUGUGUUUGCCCCAGCUCCAGGCCAGGUCCAAGACAUUCAACCAGCCCUGACCACAAAGGGAGAAGUAUUGCUUCCUGUAGAGCAGCAGCAGCAGAAGCAGGAGGUGCAGUGGCCACCCAAACAUAAAUAACCACCCGUAGUGUCCAGAGGCCCUCAGAUCGUCUCAUACAAGGGAAGAGAGAGCCACUGGCUCCACUUAUUUCGGGUCCCCUAGGUGGCCCGUCUCAUCUGUGAACUUGACUCUGUCCCUCUACAUGUGUCUUUAAUGAGGUGGGGGUGAGAGAGAGAGGGAAUUAUUGCCCAGUGACACCCCCAGUGAGCCCAAUCCCAACCUCAGGUGAGCAGAGCCUCUACUUGAGGGACUAUUGUUACUAUAGGAAUCCUUACUUCCCCAGUAUUGAAGCUGAAUCAGUGAGUGUGUAAUGAUACAUAAUAAAUCUUGGAAGUCUUGGGAUCCUA